AUGCAAAACUUCCAAUUUGUUCUUGGCAUGGAAUUUGCCACUGUUACAAUUUUAAGGAAUGCAAUAAGGGAGUACUUUAUUGAAGGUGAUCAAGAAUAUGUAUUUAUUGCCAAUGAUUCAAAUAGAGUUAGAGUUAAGUGCAAGGGUGCAAACUGUGAGUGGAUGUUGUUUGCUUCAAUAGUUAACAAGAUAGAUGGCAAAACAAUGAGGGUCAAAACACUUGUUGACAAGCAUAGUUAUGGCAUUGUUUUGGACAAUAAAAAGCUCACCUCAACUUGGCUUGCAAAGCACUUUUUGGAGCAAUUUAGGCUAAAUCCGAGUAUGGAAUACAAUGCAUUUAGGGAGAUAACUGCAAAGACCAAGUACUCACGUGUGUCUAGCUGGAAAUUUUACAGGGCCAAGACAAAAGCAAGGAAGAUGUUGGAUGGGUUUGUCAAGGAACAAUACGCCAUUCUUGAUGACUACUGUAAAAGGUUGUUGGCCACCAAUCCUGGCUCUACUGUGAAGUUGAAAACUGAUUUGGUUAAUGGGAGAAGGCAAUUUCAGCGUAUUUAUAUUUGUCUUAAGGCAUGUAGAGAUGGCUGGUUGGGGGGUUGUAGACCUCUAAUUGGUCAUGAUGGUUGCUUUUUAAAAGGAUAUUGUAGGGGCAUUUUAUUGGCUGCAGUAGGCAUUGACGGUAAUAACUCCAUGUUUCCCAUUGCCUAUUGUGUUGCUAAAAAGGAAAACACUGAGGUUUGGACUUGGUUCUUGGAGCUCUUGAAGGCUGAUAUUGGGAGUUUGAGUCCCACCAAGGUGACAAUGAUGAGUGAUCGUCAAAAAGGAUUAGAAAAUGCAGUGGGAGCCAUCUUUAGUGGGUGUGAGGUGAGGUAUUGUGUCAGACAUCUUCAUGCUAAUUUUAAAAAGGAAUAUCCUGGACUUUUACUUAAGCAACUUUUGUGGGCAGCAGCUAAUACUACAACACAAGCUGAGUUUGCUCGAGCAAUGCAAGAAGUCAAGGAUGUCUCGGAUGGUGCUUACAAUUGGCUGGCAGGGAAGAACCCCACAGAAUGGACUAAGUCACAUAUUUCAGAGUACCCAAAAUGUGACAUUUUGGUGAAUAAUUUGUGUGAGAGUUUCAAUGCAGCCAUACUUGAUGCUCGCGACAAGCCAAUUAUAACUUUACUAUAG